AUGGCCGACAUCACUGAUCAGCACGACCAGGGCUCGCCCGGCGACCUCGACGAGGCGCACUCUGUCGGCAAUGGCAGCGUCGGCGAGAACCGUGGCGUCAAGCGUCAGCGCCCCAGCGCCGCCGACGACGACGACGACGAUGACGAGAAGGGAGGUCGUGAGCGUCGCAAGAUUGAGAUCAAGUUUAUCAACGAUAAAUCGAGACGCCACAUCACCUUUUCCAAGCGCAAGGCCGGCAUUAUGAAGAAGGCAUACGAGCUAUCCGUCCUCACCGGCACUCAGGUGCUCCUGCUUGUUGUGUCCGAAACAGGCCUGGUCUACACCUUCACGACACCCAAGCUCCAGCCUCUCGUGACUAAGGCCGAAGGCAAGAAUUUGAUUCAGGCGUGUCUGAACGCUCCGGAACCCAGCCAGGGCGGCGAGAACGGUGUCGACGACGGCAACCAGGUUGAGUCCCCUGAGGAGCCUCCCCAGCAGCAUCUUCCCCCGCAGGCCGGUCGUCAGCAGGGCAUGCCCGGCGCUCCUCACAUGCCGCCCAAUUACAUGCCCGCCAAUAUGGGAAUGGACCCCUCGAACCUUGCCUAUGGCGGCUACGUCAACCAGCAGCAGCGCGGUGGCUACCCCAUGGCGCAAGGCGGACUUCCUCAGCACUCGUCCCAUCAGUCAUGA